AUGAACGGAACGCAUUCACCAUCGCCCCCGCCGGCGGGAGGCCGCUCUAUUGAUAUCGAGCUCGGUAGCCAUGAAGUUAUCAACAUCGAACUGGACGGACUUGACCCGAAUCCGGAAGACCUUCUGGACUUGCUCAGGGAGGGAGAAUGUAAAGUGUGGAUAUGGUCGCGUCUUGCAUCCGAAUACUGGCGGAGGGGUUGGCUAGAUGCAGCAGAAAAGAUUGCACAGACGGCCAUUGAAUCCCUUCAGGCCAAUGGUGUUGGUGCACAACUUCCUCCAAUAUAUGCUCUACUGGCAAAUGUACAAAUUGCUCGCGCCAGUAAAGCACCGAAGUUGAUCUUGCAAGACGCCCGGGAGGAUGUUAUGACCACUGAGAGAUCCAGAGAUGAACAUUUCAAGGAUGCGGCGCAGUAUUUCAACUCUGGAGAGAAGCUUGCGGCGGACUCUGGCGAAGUUGGCACUUUGUUAGCGGUCUUAACCCGCGGUGUACUGCAGAUGGGGACAAGGGCUAUGGAUGAUGCUCUACGCUCGUUCGAUGGCGUGCUCUCGCAAAAGCCCACUAAUGCGGUCGCGCUUUUAGGCAAAGCGAAGAUUCUAUAUGCACGACGUCAAUUCGCCCAAGCAUUGAAACUUUUCCAAACAGUCUUAAAGUUGAACCCUAACUGUCUCCCCGAUCCCCGCAUCGGUAUUGGCCUAUGCUUGUGGGCUAUGGAUUAUAAGGCUAAGGCCAAGGCGGCCUGGCAGCGCAGCGCCGAGGUGAAUCCAAAUGAAUGGUCUCCACAAUUACUUCUUGGUCUGGAGGCUAUCAAUUCUAGUAGAAAUGAGAGCCAGACCCAGGAAGAGCGCAAGAACGAGCUGAUUGUUGGCACGCGCUAUAUUGAACGUGCCUUCAGAGCAAACCAGCGAAAUUCGGCGGCUGCUAAUGCUCUCUGUGAGCUGUUCCUACAAAAGGGCCAGCAUAAAAUGGCAUUAAAGCUUGCGGAACGCGCUAUUCAGUUCACUGACGUCAAAACCAUAUUAACUGAUGGCUACAUUCGAGCGGGACGUGUUUCCCAUACGGUUGGCUCAACCGUGGAAGCGUCAAAGUAUUUCACGAGAGCUAGGGAAGGUCAGCCAACGAGUGUACUGGCAAACAUUGGCUUGGCACAGAUUCAGAUGAAGCAUGAUGAAAUCCCAGCUGCGAUACAUACCCUGGAUAGCUUGCUGCAGCAAAACCACGGUCAGCAGCGACCUGUCGAGGCCAUGGUGAUGCUCGCUUCCCUUCGUGCUCAUCCACGAGUAGGAAUGUCCAGUCCGGAUCAAGCUGCGGAGAGGCUGCGUGCACGCGAUCUCUUUGACCAGGUGUUCAAGGCUCUCGCGCUAUCUGAGGAUCACCAUGCACGUGUAGACAGCUCGCCGAAGAUCUCUGGUAGGUCCGCGCGCAAAAUUGCCGAAGACAUGGACGUGUACAUUGAGAUGGCCCGGCUAUGGCAGGGUGAAAAUUUGGAACGGAUGGAACGCGCUCUGAAGGAGGCAUCGAGGGUUUGCGAGGCCAGCGGAAAAACUGAUCCUCGACUCCUGAACAACCUCGCUGUUCUGCAAUACUUGGAGGGGAAUUUGGAAGCCGCGCGGACAAUGUACGAGACCGCUAUCACACAAGUAACGACUCUCGACUCGCAUAUCGUCGAAGGUUUGUCGACGACUAUGUUGUAUAAUCUUGCCAGGACCUACGAGGAGCAGGGAGAAGAGACUAUGGCAAAGGAGGCUUAUGAGAAACUUUUGGAUCGGCAUCCAGAAUAUGUCGAUGCGAAAUUACGGCAAGCACAAAUGUUGUCUAACGUCAGUCGGAACAACGAAGCGCACGAGCUUGUCAAGCAGGCACUGGCAUCACAGAACAAUAAUCUCAACUUGCGCGCCUUCUAUACGUAUUUCCUCGUCCAAUCGCAUAACUUCAAACCAGCGAAGGAACUUGUCUUCACCACUCUCCGAGAUCACGACAAGCAUGAUAUUUAUUCAUUAUGCGCGGCAGGCUGGAUUCAGUACCAUCAGGCGCGAGAAAGUCGCGACGCAUCUCCCAAAGGUAUUGAAGAGCGCAGACGUGGAUUCCAACGAUCUGCUGAGUUCUACGAGAAAGCUCUCCACCUCGAUCCCAUGUGUGCCAUCGCGGCGCAGGGCUUAGCGAUUGUGACGGCUGAGGAUGCCUUAGGAAACUUGGGUGGGAGUCUCGCUCCGACUACACAAGACGAGAAUCACAGGCGUAUCAAGAACGCGCGCGAGGCGCUUGACAUAUUUGCGAAAGUCAGAGAAUCACUCAACGAUGGUAGCGUCUACGUGAAUAUGGGCCAUUGCUAUUACGCAUGCGACGAGUUUGAUCGAGCUAUUGAGAGUUUCGAGACGGCAUCGAAGCGGUAUUAUGGUGGCCACAAUGUUCCUACCCUCCUAUACCUGUGCAGGUCCUGGUACUCGAAGGCCAACAAAGACCAAUCUUUCAGCGCUAUGUGUACCGCAUUACAAUAUGCUCAGAAGGCAUACCAUUUGCACCCAUUUGACAAAGCAACGCUUUAUAACAUUGCGAUGAUCCAGCAGAAAGCUGCAGAGAUGUUAUCAUCUGUUCCUCCCGCCAAGCGUUCCCUUAAGGAUCUUCAACGGGCUAUUGAACAGGCUAGCAAUGCGCAGAAACUAUUCGCGUCUUUGGCAGCGGAUAAAUCGCCAUUAGUCCCGUAUAGUCGUGACAUGGCUGACCAGCGUCGGAAGUACGGUGACAGCGUGUUGCGGAAAUGCGAUGAACAUCUUGCUGCGCAGAGAACAUGGGAAGAGGAGACGCAGGCCAAGAUAGAAGCGGCGCGACAAAAGCGACAGCACGAGCGGGAACAGCAGGAAGCGCUUGAGCGUCAGCGCGUGGAGGAGCUCAAAAAGCAAGCACAAGUGCUUGCAGAAGAGCGGAGGAAGGCGAGAGAGCAAGCCUUGGAAUGGACACGUGAUAUCAAGAUGGAGAGUGACGAGGAGAGAGAGCGCAAAGCGAUCAAAAAGGCUAAUAGGAAAGUGAAGGCAGAGGUAGGCAGUGGAGAUGAAGCAUUAGGAGAACCCAAGAAGAAGCGUCGUGGCAAGCUCAAGAGAACUAGUGGCGUUGCAGACGGUGAAGAGGCGUUGUUUAGUGGUGAUGAGGAACCAGAUAAACCGGCAAAGAAGCGGCAAUCCAAGAAACGUGUCGUGAGAGAUGACGAUGAGGACGAAGAGGCCGCGGGAGGCCCUCGGAAGAAACAAAUUAAAAGUAAAGAGUAUAUAUCGGACUCUGACGAGGAAAUGUCGUAA